CACUAAACCACAGCCAAGUCUGCUCCUCCCCUCUAGUCAUCCUAUCUAUAAGGACCUCUUAUUAUUAUCUACCCUCAUCCUCCCCUCCCUCCCUGACUCUCUCCCUCCUCGGCCAACGGCUUUCUUAAGCCACCGUCGCUCUCCGUCGCGGACCGACCGACUGCCCCUCCUCUACACCCACUCGCCCCAAACUUGCUCGCCUCGCACCUCGCACCUCGCACCUCGCACACCGUCCUCCUCUACCUGCCUUUUUUGCGACAGCUCCUGCGCCUGAUCGUGUCUCACCUCAUCUUGAGGUGCGUAUGGGUCAAUGUUGUCCAUGCAAAAGACGCCCUCCUAUACCAUCCCUCCGUCCGCCAGCUACGAUGGCAACAACAACAACAACCGGCCUCAUCUCCCCCCGUCGGCCAACCAGGCCGUUGAACGUCGCAACUCCACCCGCUCCGUGAUGCUGGCCGACGUCCCCGCCCUCGCCGACUGCCCCUUGGUAGAUGAUUCGCCCCUCUCACAUCGAAACAGCAUCAGCACCAACGAUGACAUUUCCAACGACUCGCCCGUCUCGUGGGAUGGCGACGGUCCCUCCGACAGCUCCCCCACGGCCGAGGUCGACGUCAAGGUCCACGAUGGGCUGCACCACCCCUUCUCCACCGCCGCAGUCGUCUCGCCCAAGGCCUUCCGCUUCAACCUGCUCGCAUCCCAUCUCCCGGACGCCGAGGUGACGCCCAAGAUCGAGGAGAUCGACGAUGUGGAUGAGCUGCAAAGUAUUAAGCCGGUGGGAGUGGAGACGUUGGUCAAUGCGAAUCCGGAUGCCACGGCUGCUCCCGUCCACGUCCCACGGAAACGUGGACGACCACGUAAACAUCCGCUGCCAGUGCCCGGGGGCCAGCUCAAGAUAACCAAGGGUCGAUCCAAGACGGGUUGUAUCACCUGUCGCCGGCGAAAGAAGAAAUGUGACGAGACCAAGCCAGCGUGUUUGAACUGUCAGAAGAAUGCCGUCGUGUGCGAAGGGUAUCCGCCCAAGGAGAUCUGGAAGAGUGGGAAGCAGAAGCUGGAAGAUGCUUAUAUGAUAGGUUCCAAUCACCGCAUGUCUGCCUUAUCUGACUUGGUUGGUUUCACAGCAGCCCGCAGCCAUUCCAUGGUUGCUCGCUCGUUACCUCUCUUGAUCGAUGGCGUCGAGACCGAGAUUGAUCGGCGGUUUCUAGACCACUUUGUCUACGGUUUCAGUCGGGUGUUGACUCUGAUCAACGAUGACUCAAAUCCGUUCAAAGAGAUUCUGCUCCCCAUGGCCACCCAGCAUCGGGGGCUUAUGCAUUCGCUGAUGUGUCUCUCUGGGUCCCAUCUAUCGGCCCUUGAUCCGGAGCCCAAGCUGAAAGAGCGGAAAUACUAUCAUUUCCACCGCGCGAUCAGGGAUCUCAAGGACAACAUCACCGCAUCGUCCUCGGCCGUACAAGACCCCGAGCUGCUGGUUGAAGAUCCCAUCAUUGCCUCCACAAUAGCCCUCAGCCUGAAUACCAUCUGCGAGGGAGAGACCAACGGUGAAUAUCGACCGCACAUGGAUGCCGCAAGGUAUCUGCUGGUGACGCAGCAACCGAGGAAUGAGAAGUUCCGACAGUUUAUUGUCGAGUUUUUCCAGUACCAUGACGUGUCCAACUCUAUCACGUCGCUUGAUCGCCGCCCGUCCCAUCUUCAAGGCGGCUUGCGGCUCCCCGACUUCGUGCCUCACGCACAAGCAGGCAUGUUCCUGGGCGUGUUUGACGGGCUCUUCAACUACAUCUCCGAGGUGACUCGGAUACGAGAUCGGAUUCGUCAGCGAUCCAACGAGGGGUAUGAGCCAGCGGUCGAUUACCAGAUCCUGGGGGAUGCCGUUUCCAUCGAUUCGGCCAUCCGGGCCUGGGAGACGUCGUACGCCCCCAACACCCCGAACUAUUUCCUGGCCCAACUGUACCGCCAGUCGACCUGGGUGUAUCUGUACCGCACCAUCCGACCCUCCCGGCCGAGUGAGAAGAUCGCCCAGGUUGUGGACGACGGUCUCGCCUUCCUGGACCAGCUGCCCCAGGACGCGGGUGCCUACAGCAUCGUUCUAAUGCCACUGUUCCUCCUGGGCUGCUCUGCAUUCAUCCCCCGCCAACGCGAGAGAAUCACGAAGGGCUUCGAGUCUCUCAAGGCCUACUCCAACCUCCGCAACAUCGAACCCGCCCGCAAAGUAGUGGAACGUGUGUGGGAGGUCAUGGACACCAAGAUGGAAGAAAGUUGGGACUGGGAGAAGAUCAUCAGCGGCAUGAACAUGGAUUUCCUCAUCACCUAG